AUGUUCGAUGACAAGACAAUCCUCAAAGUCCACUGCUAUUCUGGGAACGACGAUUUCGACGUCUUACUCUUGAGAAACAGGGAAGCAAAAUUUUGGCGUUUUAACGACCGUUGGUUCGGUGAAACCAUCUUUAGCUGCGAUUUGAAUUAUGGAUUCCACUUCAUGCAUCACAAAAAAUUUAGAUCGUACGAGUCAAAGUGGAACCAUUCAAACGGGAAUAAGGCAAAUGUGACAUGGUUAGCUGUGGAAAGGGGUCUUUACCGGGUCUACGAACACAGGACUCCUGAGUUUAUGCAUGAAUGGGAAUAA